GCACGUCUUCCAAGUGAUUUCCUAAAUAAAUACUCUUCCACGAAACAAACGCCUUUAUCGCGUGUUCAUCCAUCCACUUUCCUUUCCUUUCAUCUUCCCUUUUCCUCUGCACGAAUCCUUUCCUCCAAUCUUUCGAUCUUUCCGCCAUGUCCAUGGACCUUGAAUUUCCUGAAAAUCUCCCUAAAAUCCGCCUUCCUUUACAGGUUCGAUCGCCUCCUAAGCCUUCCAAUUCCAUCAACAUCCCUUCCUCCGUCUCCGAUCACGACGGCGCCGACCUUGACCACCGCGGCUGCCGGACGCCGACCUCUGCUGAGCACAAGAUUCCGAAGAUCAUCAGCUGUCCUGGAGCGCCGAGGAAGCCGAAGCGUCCUCCCGUACCUUGCAAGAGGAAGUUGACCAUGGAGCUCAAAUUCUUUGAGUUCGUGAAUCAAGAAGAAGUCGAUAAUUUCUUCCGAUCCGCUUACGAUCUCGAAGCUUCUUCCACGGCGCCGCCGAAGAGGAGCUGCUGCCGGUCAGCCUGAUAAUCCAGAUUGUCGGUUUGAGCCCUAAAUUACUACACCGAUUAUAGAAAAUCAAUUUUUCUUUAAUUCUUUUCUUUUCUUUUCUUUUUUUUUUCCUUUUCCUUUCUCUCCGAUAGCGAGUCAGCUCUUGAUGUGUAUUAUUAUUACACGUACAUACCACAUGGAAUCGAAUCGAAUCGAAUCGAAUGCAAGUCCUCUUUGCAUCAUCAUCGGAGAUAGAUAAUCGUAUUUCCCGAAACAAACAGAACAUUCCGCACAUAUAUCUCUUCUUCUCCCCCUAAAAUUUCUCAUCAAUUUCCUGAAAUUCUCUGCUUCUUUGAUCGUUUCUGCAGAUUUCUAAAUUCUUGAUCUGAAAUUCCAAAUCGAACUCAUGUAAGUUAGAAACCCUAACUAUUUCGUAUUCCUGUUGUAUGAAUGAAUCCGAUCCGUAGCUACAAUAAUUGAGUAUAGAAAUCAUGAAUUCGCUGCUGAUGAAUGAAAUUACACGAUCAUGUUGAUGA